AUGUCCGACCCAGCCUACGCCGACCAAAUCGCCUACUUCACCACCAUCCCCUGGGUCUCCGCCACCCUCCGCGAGCCAGGCCUGAUCUCCAUGCCGCCCAUCACCCGGCACUUCGACCCCUCCCUCCGCGCCUCCGAGUUCUGGGGCGUCACCCUGCACAGCAAAGCCACCAUCCCCUACUUCAUCGGCUGCUUCCACCCCCCUCCCUCUUCCACGCCCUCCGAUUCCGCGCCCCUUGAGGAGCGGUACAUCGCCCACGUCCGCUUCUUCCUCAAGCUCUCCCACGGGCUGAGCACCCUCGAGCGCGAGCGCGUGCACGGCGGCGUUGUGGCCUCCAUCUUCGACGAGUGCGCUGGCGCGGUGGGGUUCGUGAAUAAGAUGUAUGGGAGGACGGAGAUGCUGCCCCAUGUGACGAGGACGUUGGAGCUGGAGUAUCGGAGGGCGGUGCCGGUUGGGGCCGUGGUUGGUGUUGUUGCUAGGCUGGUGAAGGUUGAGGGGAGGACGUUUGUGGUUGAGAUGGAGAUGGUGGAUGAGGAGGGGGCGGUGCUUGCGAGGGCGGAGGCGGGGUAUGUUGUGCUGGAGAAGAAGAGGAAGGGGAAGUUGUAG